AUGGAUCUCUCAAAAAGUGACGAGACAGUCAAACCAAUUACCACUUUAACACACUCUCAAGAAAAAAACAAUGACCAGAAGAUCAAAACAACACUCCGACAAAGGUCUCUGCUUUUUUGGUUGGAAGCAAAUAAACGAAAAUCAAAUACAACGGCCCGACUUCAUGACAAUACAGUGAUAAAAGGAAAAUUUAAAGCAGUGGAUGCGAACGAAACAAAAUUUCGGUUUGAAAAUUGGGAAUCACCAGUCGGAAUUUAUGAUCAAGUUGUUAUACGUGGUAGUGAUAUAGAAGUUUUAGAAUUAGAAUUCACUGAAUAA